UCAGUUGCGUGUCACGGGAAGUCCCUUAGUUCAGUGGAAAGCUCGGAAAAGUUUCUAUGGUCGGGCAAUGGAAAAGGUGUCCCUAAAUUAAUAAAAAAAUGUAUAAAUAUUUAGAACAUAUUGAACCAAACUAAAAUCUGGUAAGAUAAAAAUAAAGCAAGUGAAGUGACUAACCUUAAAAAAUUAAAGCACAUAAAAUACAAGUUCUUGUCGUGUGAAAUUCAAAAAUAAAUCAAAGUGCUAUAAAAAUACAAAAAUAUACAUAUCUGAUAUCAAUUUAGGUUCCUUAUAAGAUCUUAAAUUUGCACUUUAUUGUACGAAGAAAAUAUUGAACGCAGGGCUUCAAAUGAAAAGCCAAGAAGUUGACAGCAAGACGCAGUAGAAAAGGGAGAAAAAUGAUGAACAUGAAUCCGCCGACGCAUCCCCAUUCCCAUUCCCAUUCCCACUCCUUAUCCCAUUCGCACCCCAAUCCGCAUCUGCAACAGUUGCCAGUGCCCCUGCAGCAUCUUGGGCAUCAACUUCACCAGCAGCAGCAGCAGCAGCCACAAGUUCCCGGUCAACUGAUCCAAAGUCACCAGGGAAGCAGUCACUUUGUGGAGUGUCGGGCAUUACCGGCAAUCAACGAGACAUUUCCGCAAUUUGGCCAGCAUCGUCCGGCGAUUUCGCUGCUCUCCCCUUUGGAUCUUUCCCUUCGAGCGGCGGCAAAUGUGGUGCCAAUUACUCCCCCCUCGACGCCCUCGCCGCCCCGCAAGCGUCAGAGAUUGAUGUCCGAGGAGAAUUACCUGUGGCGUCCGCACAUGACGAGUCCUGCAGCUCCUGCGGCAGGAACUUCUUCGCUGGUGGUGCAACCAAUCAGUGGCUACUUUCAUCAUCAUCAGCAGCAACAGCAACAGCAACAGCAACAGCAACAUCUGCAACAGCAACAACAAGCAAACCAGCAACAUUCUUCACAAUAUUCCGCAAUACGCAACAGCAACAACAUUUUCGAGGGAGCUUCCUUGAGUAAAAGUCAUUUUCACGGGACGAAAAAUAACUUUGAGCAAAUUCCGGCGGGUCAAUCGAGCGUUAGUUCGCCCAUUUGCGUGGAGGAUGAGACGAUUGUGCUGACCGAGGACGAGGAUGAAACAGUUGUGAGUUCCCAUGACUACAAUGAGUAUGCCACGGAUGCGGAGGAAGCAGACGAUGAGACGCUGCAGGUUCAACUCAGCGAAAAUGGAGGGGGAAGGGACAAGGAAGUGGAUGUGGAUGUGGAUGAGGAGGAGGAGGUCUUCGUGGAUGUCCUGGGCAGCGAUGAUGAUGACGAGGAUGAGGCGGCAGUGGACACAGCCACAAGAUUGCAGAGGCAAACUCAAAUACAAGAGACCACCGCAUUGAAACGCAAUGAAUUGCUGUACGAAGAUGAGGAGCUGCAUAACCAGGCGGUGGAUGGUUUGGCCAGACUUUUCGACCGGGAUUUCCCGGAACCAGUGGUGGAGAUUAGCGAACUGGCGGAGGAGCAGAGCAACAGCGGGAAAACCUACACGGAUUUGAGUGGCGUGGCAACGGUGGAGAUCAGGGAUACCAUCUCACCAGGAAUGGCGGCUCCUCCUCCUCCUUCUCCUCCUGCUGCUGCUCCUCCUGUUCAUCCAGUUCAUCCAGUUCCUCCUCCCAUUCCGGUGGCUUCUCUACCACCAAGUAGACCCCAUAAAACGGAAAGAAAGAGAUCGAAACUAAGGAAGCACACGGCCAUCGAUGAGGAGACCAUUAGUCCAGUUUCUGGGACAAUUAUUCGCAAAUUGCGCGACGAUGAGGAGUUGGUGGUGCGCAAAGGCGACAUUGAUCCGGCUUUCAAUGUGGUCGAAAUCACCGAGGAGGCCAAGGCCAUCUUGGCCAGCAUCGACAACAAGAUUGGCGACUAUCUCUGCCAGCUUUGUCGCACUGUCUACGACGAUGCCUUCAUGUUGGCCCAGCACCGAUGUCCUAGGAUUGUUCACAUUGAGUACAAGUGCUCUGAAUGUGAGAAGGUCUUUAAUUGCCCGGCCAAUUUGGCCUCACAUCGCCGUUGGCACAAACCAAAAGCGGAUGCAGUUGGUGGUGCAGGUAAUCCCAACAAGAAACGUAUAGUUGAGAAUGGAGAUGUUAACCAGGAAUCUGGAAGGACUGCUGACGAUACCAGUGAUGGCAUAUAUCCUUGCCAUAUAUGUGGAAAGACAUUUAGAAGACAAGCUUACCUGAAGAAGCACCAGGCCUCCCACCAAAUGCUGGACAACCUGAAGAACCUUGACUUCUUCAAGGCGCAGCAGCAGCAACUCUCCAUCGGUGGCCACCAAAUGCCCGAUCAUGUCCAGCUGCAGCAAAACCAAGGACAGGCGGUCCCUUCUGCAGCUUCCUACGCCUCCCUGCCACGCCCACCGCAGGGAAUGCCCAUCUAUCCGCCGCCAAGUGGCAAGAACUAUGCAACUGGGCAGCGCUUUCCGGGAUUUCCCUUCCAGCCCUUCGACCAGCGGAGAUUCUACUCGCUGGGGGAAUUCUACCUGUCGCAGCACUUGGAACGCUCCUCAGCUUUUCAGUAUGUGCAGGCCAAUCACCUGCGGCAACUCUCGAAUGUGGCACAAACGCUGAUGCCACCGAUGCCCGUCAAAUGACCCAAUCCCAAUACGAAUGUCCUGCGGCCCGUGCCACGAAUUGCUGCCACAACGAGUGCAACGGGCAAUCCUGCUGCGGCAACGGGAAACAGGGGACAAGUGGCAGCCACGGCAACGGUGUCCUCCGGCGGCCACGCCUUCAACUGGGUGGCUCCCUCGUCUGCAGGUGCAACUGCAACUCCGGCGGAGAGUGCGACUGCAGCUGCCACGGCAACGAAUGCAGA